AUGAUCCCCCAUCGCACCAUCGCCACAACUGCCUCUGCGCCGGACGCCAUGUUCAGCCAUCCGCCUCCUGAGCCAGGUUCAGACUUCAACGUGGUCAUGAUCGGUGCAGGUAACAUCAUGUUUGGUUCCGAUGAAGGACCCUGGAACCACUCUUUCCGAUUCGAGCACAAACUCGGACCCCGACUCAAGGUUGUUGCUCUGAUCGACCCCUCCACCGCACGAGCCGACAAGGUCCUGGAAGGCAAACGACAGAGUUUCGUCGAAUCUGCCUACAAGGACACCAAGGUGUUCAAGACAAUCGAAGACUACCAUGCUUCGGUCCAGUCUAAGCACUCGCCCACUCCUCACGCUAUCGUGGUCGGAUGCCCUCCCGCUUACCGAGGAGGUACGACCAAGGGAACUGAUCUCGAGCUUCACCUCAUCAAAUUGUUCCCCAAGACUGCCUACUUCAUUGAGAAGCCCGUCGGAACUGGCACGGUCAAAGCUGCCAAAGAGGUCACUCAGGAACUCAUCUCCAACGGUAAUAUUGUUUCCGUCGGAUACAUGUUGCGAUAUUUGCGAUGUGUCCAAAAGAUGAAGCAAAUCAUCCACGACAAUAACUUGACUAUCAUGGCCACCAACGCGCGAUACUCCGCCGCUUACGAGGCCAUCGCCAAACCCGCCUGGUGGAACAAGGCUAUCGAUAUGGGACCCGUCAUUGAGCAAGGAACUCACUUCUGCGAUCUCUCCCGAUACUUUGGUGGGGACGUUGACAUCAACACUGUCAAUGCACUGUCUGUCGAAUUCUACGAGAAGCCCGGAAAAUUGAGCAAGAUUCCCAUCGACGAGUCCAAGAUUCCCCCAGAGCUCCGAAUCCCUCGAUUGACCACUGCUCACUGGAAAUACGAGAACGGAGCUGUAGGCUCACUCACCCACGCCGUCGCCCUUCAAGGUCACGCCUACGCCUGUGAACUUGAAGUCUGGGCCGAUGGAUACCACAUGAGAUUGGUGGACCCGUACCAAGCACCUACCCUCUUUGUUCGCCGGCCUGGAGACGAUCACGAGGAGCGACACGUUUACACUGAUGACGAUCCAUUCUUCUCUGAAGUCUCGAGCUUCAUUGAUGCUAUUGAGGGAGGACCCGACCCUCACAUUCUCAGUUCCUUUGAAGAUGCCACCAAGACUUAUGAAUUGACUUGGGCCAUCCGACUUGCAUCUGAGGCUUCUCGAGCCCCUAUGCCCCAAGCUUAA